UACCAGCAGGACCUUGGUUGCAAACAAAGUCCACUUGGAACUAAAAAAGAGAGUCCGCUCGACAGCUUGAAGUGUUCGCCCGAAAUCAUGGCUUUGUAUACUCGUGUUUCGGGGUCUGUUGGUAUGAUUACCCUCCAAAACCCUCCUGUUAAUGCACUCAGUGCAGCAGUGAGGCAAGGAAUCGUUGACAUGAUGGACAAAGCUCUCGGUGAUCCAAAGGUGAAGUCUGUGGUCAUAUGUGGGCAGAAUGGAAGAUUCUGUGGAGGCGCCGACAUCAGAGAAUUUAGUGGAAACAUGACUGGGCCUCCGCUGGUCCCCAUGAUCCACAGCAUGGAGUCGGCUGCCAAGCCUGUGGUGGCAGCCAUAGAGGGCAUCGCUUUAGGCGGGGGCCUCGAGUUGGCACUUGGUUGUCACUAUCGCAUCGCACACUCUAAGGCCAGACUGGGGUUGCCAGAGGUGCAGCUGGGUCUUCUGCCGGCUGCGGGGGGAAGCCAGCGUUUGCCAAGGCUCAUCGGUGUCCCAGCUGCCCUAGAGCUCAUCACCACAGGCCGACACGUGACCGCUGCCGAGGCCCUGCAACUUGGAAUAGUGGACGAGGUUACCGAGCAAAACGCCGUGGAUGCAGCUGUGAAGUUCGCCUUGCGCGUUGCAGAUGCAUCACUGGAUGCACGCCGCAUAAGCACUUUCCCGUGCCCACGCCCGCCUGCAACGGACGCUUUCUUUGAGAGAGCUAUGCAGCAGGUGCGUCAGAAUGCCCGUGGAGCCGUGGCGCCGGUUGCGUGCGUCCAGGCGGUACGUGCCGCUGCCACGCUGCCCUACGCUCAGGGGAUGGAGCGUGAGAAGGAGCUGAUGGCCACUCUCUUCACAUCAGGCCAGGCCCGCGCUCAGCAGCACUGCUUCUUUGCUCAGAGAGCCGUGAACAGGUGGAGCAUGCCCAAUGGGGCCCGCUGGGACACGAGCAAGCCCAGGCCGGUCCGCAAAGCUAUGGUGAUUGGUCUUGGCACCAUGGGAAGAGGCAUCACUGUGGCCCUUGCACAGGCAGGGUUGUCUGUGGUCGCCCUGGAGACCACGGAGAAGCAGCUAAUGGAGGCCAAGCAGGCGGUGUCAGGCAUGUUAGAGCGGACAGCUAAGAGACGCGCAGUGGCGCCCGGCUUCGAUAAAGUCCGCUACAGCCGCGACAUGCGUCUUGCGGCAGACGUGGACCUGGUCAUUGAAGCCGUGUUCGAGGACAUGCCCCUGAAGAAGAAGAUCUUUCAGCAGCUGUCCUCCGUUUGUAAACCAGGCACGUUGCUGUGCACCAACACCUCUGGUCUAGAUAUAGACCAGCUGGCGUCUCAAACCCGCAACCCAGAGCUGGUGGUCGGGAUGCACUUUUUCGCUCCGGCCCACGUCAUGAAGCUGCUGGAGGUGGUGUACGGGCCGCGCUCUUCUCCCACCGCUGUGGCCACGGCCAUGCAGCUGGGAAAGCAAAUGGGCAAGGUGAGCGUGGCGGUGGGAAACUGCCGGGGCUUCGUGGGAAACCGCAUGCUGAAGCCCUACCUGGAGCAGGCGUUCUUCUUGUUGGAGGAGGGAGCCACACCUGAGCUGGUAGAUGGAGCUCUGGAGGAGUUUGGGUUCGCCAUGGGCGUGUUCAGGAUGUCUGACCUCUCUGGUCUGGACGUGGCCUGGAGAAUCAGGAAGGCGGAUGAGUUGGCCGUGACCGACGCACCGGCGGGCCAGUCGACGGCGAGAAGCCGCCAAGGCCGCAGGUACAGUCCUCUCGGAGACCUGCUCUGUGAGCAGGGGAGGUUUGGUCAGAAGACCGGCCUCGGCUGGUAUCGGUACGACGAACCAGCGGGGAGAGUAGCCAAGCCUGAUCCUUGGAUUCAAGACUUUUUGGAGCGGUACCGAGCCCAGCAUGCCUUGGUGGCUCGCCGCAUGGACCACCAGGAGGUGCUGGAGCGCUGCCUCUAUUCCCUCAUAAAUGAGGGCUUCCGCAUUCUGGAGGAUGGAAUAGCUGCGGGACCCGAGGACAUCGAUGUGAUCUACGUGCUCGGCUACGGCUGGCCGCGGCACCGCGGAGGCCCCAUGUUCUACGCCGGCAUGGUGGGCCUGGCCCGGGUUCUGGAGCGGCUGGAGCACUUCCACCGGGAACACCCGGACGUACCCGGCCUGCAGCCCUCCAACCUGCUCAGGAAGCUGGUGGCCAGUGGCAGCCCGCCCGUCCACCGGUGGAAGGAGGUCAUCAAGAAACUUCACAGUCAGCUGUAACGCCUGAACGCACUCGUAUGUCUGAUUUAACCAAAUGAUUUAAAACCGGCACUUUUCAACUUAACAUUUUUCAUUUCUGUUGUUGAUACCGCUGCAGCAUGUGCACUGAGGCUCCACUUUAGUGGAUACGCCUGUAUAAUAAAAUGUAUAAGCUAAAACAAUCCACAUCCAAACUUUCUAGACAUCAUAAACUUUAGGUUUGCAUGCCAUGCUGCUCCAGUAUAACUUUAUAAUUGGAGAACCACAGGAAGGAAACACUAAAUCUGCCUAGAAACCUUAAUUGGACAAAAGUUUUCACAAUAUCGUCCACUGCUCUCUACUGAAUGUAUAAUUGUUCCUAAAUUUCAUUUAUGUGCAUGGAUUCAAAUGAAACGGUCGAAAACAGCUACGUACUGCAAUGGUUGUUACAGCUGAAAAAACCCACCCUAGUAUCAUUAAAUCAAACAGGAUGGGCUUUGCAAAGAAUGAAUGUAUCGCAGGACUUUUGUGCUUCAACAACUAAACAUUUAGGCUUUUUUUUUAUCACAAUUAUGCCCUGUUUUCAGUCCUUUCACCUGACCGAUGUUUUUGCAUAACAGUCAGAAUAAUUUCUAUUUUAUUUUGAAAGAGCUUGAUUUAACCAACAAAGGCAUGCUAAGUGUCCAAAGCAAUUUUCAUUUCCUGUAACACCAUGAUCUAAUAAUAAUAUUUUCAUAAAAUAUGAGUAUAAAACGAAAAUUGAAAUGUUCAUUUGGUUGAUUGUUAACUUUUUCUCAGUUUAUAUGUCAUGAUCUAGAGCUUAUAUAAUAAAAUGGAGGUUCUUUGUACGAGAGUGUUAAGCUAAAAACAAAAGUAAAUGUAAAGUUAAUGUGAAAACUUUGCUGUGUUAGUUUGAACUGUAGUGAAAUCCAAAGUUUAACUACAUGUAAAGAUUUUUCUAAUCUCUAGUGAUUACUCCAUAUUUUUACAUUUUUAAUAUAUUUGCAAUCUGAUUGGAUGCUUUAAUAAAUAAUUAUGAUUACUA